AUGGCCCUGGGCUUCAUGGUCCUUCUCCUGGUGGGCACAGUGGGGACAGUUUCCAGGGGUCAGCCCGUGCUGACACAGCCAUCCUUCGUGUUCGUGCUGCCGGGGCAGAAUGCUCAACUGUUCUGCACCCUGAGCCCCCAGUACAAUAUCAGCGAGUUUGGCAUCACCUGGUACCAGCAGCGCCCAGGGGAGUCCCUGAGGUAUCUGCUCUAUUACAACUCUGAGCAAGAAAAGCACAAGCCUGCCAAGAUUCCCGACCGCUUCUCUGCUACCAAAGACCUGGCCAGCAAUGCCUGCAUCCUCACCAUUGCAUCUGCCUGCCAGGAAGACAAUGGCACCUAUUAUUGUGCCCUGUCACCUGCCUUCAGCUGGUUUUAG